AUGGUGGAUCAAUACAGUGAGAAGGAUCAGCCAAAGAAAGUUGCUGACAGGUACCUGAAGCAAGAAGUUCUUGGCCAAGAAACUGACUUUGUUUUUCUUGGCCCAAACUUGCAGAACGGACAAACUGUAGCGAUCAAGAAGAUAAGACUUGGUAAAGAGAAAGAAGGUGUGAACAUAACAGCUCUAAGAGAAAUCAAAUUACUCAAAGAGCUUAAACAUCCUCAUAUUAUCGAGUUGGUUGAUGCCUUUCCUCACAAGGAGAACUUGCACCUUGUGUUUGAGUUCAUGGAGACUGACCUCGAAGCAGUCAUCCGAGAUCCUAAUCUCUUUCUCUCCCCUGCUGACGUCAAAUCGUACCUCCAAAUGACAUUGAAAGGUCUUGAGUAUUGCCAUGACAAAUGUGUUUUGCACAGAGAUAUGAAGCCGAACAACUUGUUGAUAGGACCCAGUGGACAACUAAAACUCGCAGACUUUGGGUUAGCACGUAUAUUUGGUAGUCCAGGUCGUAAGUUUACUCACCAGGUCUUUACUAGAUGGUAUAGAGCACCUGAGCUUCUGUUUGGUUCCAAACACUAUGGUUCUGCUGUUGAUGUUUGGGCUGUUGGCUGUAUAUUCGCCGAGCUUCUGUUACGCAGACCUUUUCUUCAGGGGAAAAGUGAUAUUGAUCAGUUAAGUAAAAUCUUUGCUGCCUUUGGGACUCCUAAAGAAGAUCAGUGGCCAGAUAUGUUGUCUCUUCCUGAUUAUGUAGAGUAUCAGUAUGUCCCUGGGGCGUCUCUACGUUCUUUAUUCCCAAUGGUUAGUGAGGAUGGUCUUGAUUUGUUGUCAAAGAUGUUCACCUAUGACCCCAAAUCUAGAAUAACGAUUCAGCAAGCUUUACAACACAGGUACUUCACAUCUGCACCUUCUCCUACCGACCCAUUAAAGCUACCAAGAGCGGUUCACAAGAAGGAAGUUAAAUCAUCUGAGAGUAAACUCAAAACUAUUACGGUGUUGUCACCAGCACAUAAGCUUAGAAGAGUGAUGCCUGACCGAGGAAAGAGUACGGAUGUCAUGAAACAAGCUAGCCAUGAUGGACAAGCACCUAUGUCUUUAGAUUUCACCAUACUAGCUGAGCGGCCACCAAACCGACUAACCAUCACCAGUGCGGAUAGAUCUAAUCUGAAGAGGAAACUCGAUCUUGAGUUCAUGUAGGAUAUAACGGAACAGGCGGCUUUCUUCAUGUCAUAUUACUACUAGUGAUGAUGAACAUGGCGAAUCAUUCUUUUGGUUUACUAUAAACACACAAAGCAGAGAAACAUUAAUUGACAGAUGAUGAUGAUUAACUAAUCAUCAUGUACACCCAUCAUUAAUAAUAAACUAUAUGCUUUUAGCCUCCGUUUAGAUGUGACUUAAAAAGAGAGUUCCCACACUUCAUUUAGUACGGAGCUCUUAGCGGAAUAUAAGAACCCGACUCUUAAUUUUUAACUGAAAAUGCUAAGAAUCGGCUCUUAAAUAAGAGAUUUAAGAGCCGAUUCUUAACUUUUUCAGUUAAAAGUUAAGAAUCGGGUUCUUAUAUUCUGCUAAGAACCAUGUACUAAGAACCAGUUGCUCAUAAUAUAUAUAUAUAUAUUUUUUUUUUGUGACCGCUCAUAAUAUAAUUGA